UGGCUUUUAUUCUGAAAAACCGUGACACAGAGGAAGUAAACACUAAUCACGUUACAACCCGGAAGAACUGCUCUUCUCUGAUUAACGUUUGAAUUGCAAAGAAUGAGCAUUAUAUCUUAAGAAGAAGCGAUUGACGGUAGAGCUAUAGAAGUCUUUUAGCUGCUGGUGGUCAUAUUUGGGUCCCAAUCUUUGGUCUGGAGGUGGAGGUGGCAACGCCCUGAUGCCCUCGGGGAACAGUCCCCCCACUCUGUUUACAACCAGUCAACUGAGAGAAGCUGGUUCCCCGCAGUGGGUCGUUAGCUAAGCGGUACUACCGUGAGUGUUGUUUAGAAGGGAAAAAAUGGCCGAACUGCAUAUCGUGGAACCAAGUGGAACAGCGACCAUAGAUCAGCCCGAGCAUCGCGACGUUCGGGGCACGAUGCGCCUGGCGUCGCCCACUCUCAUGGUUCCUGCACGGAGCAGCGGCCAGCUUAGCCCCGGCGGAGGAGGCAGUAGCGGAGGCAGCGGUAGGUCGGUGUUUGGUUUCCCACUGAAGAGCAACCCAAGCUCACCGUCCGAACCGUUAGACAAACCGGGCUCACGCUGGGUUCGGCUUAACGUUGGCGGGACCUAUUUCAUCACGACCAAACAGACGUUAUGUAGGGAUCCAAAGUCUUUCCUGUUCCGACUGUGUCAAGAAGACCCGGACCUGGAUUCAGAUAAAGACGAGACUGGAGCCUACCUUAUCGACAGGGACCCCACAUACUUUGGCCCUAUCUUGAAUUACCUCAGACAUGGAAAACUGAUCAUGGAUAAGAACCUGGCUGAGGAAGGCGUUCUUGAAGAAGCCGAGUUCUACAACAUCGCCUCCCUCGUGAGGCUGGUGAAGGAGAGAAUACGGGACAAUGAGAACCGAACAUCUCAGGGCCCUGUGAAGCACGUGUAUCGAGUACUGCAGUGCCAAGAGGAAGAACUCACACAGAUGGUCUCAACUAUGUCGGACGGUUGGAAGUUUGAGCAGCUCAUCAGUAUCGGUUCCUCCUACAACUAUGGCAACGAGGACCAGGCAGAAUUUUUGUGUGUAGUUUCCCGGGAACUGAACAACUCCACAAAUGGCAUUGUUAUUGAGCCUACGGAGAAAGCCAAGAUCCUUCAAGAGCGAGGCUCCCGGAUGUAAGGAGAUGCCGAGUUGGAGCAAAAUAACAGCAUCAUCAAAAACAUGAGCACACACUCCAAUUUUCAUCAACCACCUUACGAAGACAGUGAUCAGUCAGCUCCCCUCUCCUCCGGCGUGCCUUUCUACAGCGGAGGCUCCCCUGACGCCUCCUCGUCUUUAGUGAUGCAAGGCGACCCUCGCUCCUCUUCUUCUGUUUAAAAACAUGACAAGUGAGGGAUUCUCCUCUUUGCAGUACACGCUGUGACAAUGAAAUUGUGUUGAUCUCAUUGGAUGGAUGCACAGAAUAAAUCCUCAUUUCCUUUAUCAGUUUUUAUCAGAUGGGAUGCUGGCUGUCUGGGACAGUUAAGGAUCAAUUUAGCAUAGACUCCUCAGGACCCUCUCGCUAACAUACAGGAAUUAAAAGGACAACAUUUUUUUUUAGUCUGGCUCCAAACGGAGGCUAUAGUUGCAGCAGCUUUCCUCGUCUAGACUUCAUGCCUAGACUCCUUUGCAGGUUGAGGUGGAGACGGAGCAGCUACAGGCAGUAUUUCAGCUCUGACGGCAUAGGUGCGCCAUCUUUUCCGCUUAUUAAAGUUCCAUAAAGAAGACGGAAGAGACCCAGUUUUGUUUCCUGUUUUCAGGCUCAGUUCGAUCUGUGAAAACAUGGAAUAUUUUCACACAAAAGAAAACAAAUGACUCAAAACAGUCUAUUACUACUUCACAAAUGUGUCCAGGCAUGUAAGGAAUCUAUAAUAAAACCGAAACAUAGUCAUCAUAAAAAAUAUAUGAAAUUAUGAAUUAUGAAAAUAUAUGAAAUUCUGCAAACGGUGUAGUUACAGAUUUCUGUGUCAUAGCUCUUCUAUAUUUACAUAUUCUUGUGGGCGAGUGUAUUUAAACGAGGAAAAAUAUCAAUUUUUAGUCACCAGUUUAAACACCCAUUAGUUAACAUGGGAGUGAGCUUGUGUUUGCAGUGCCUCUCUGCUUUCUGUCCAUCACUGAAAAAUCUAAUUUUCAUCUCCACAUUUUCUGUAGUGUUCCUGAAACUGAAAAGAGAAGAUAGAGAAAAAGGAAAAAAGAGUUUUAUUGUUUAAAUAUCCUACUAUUUUCUAUUGCAUAUCUUAAAAUUGUAGUUAGGGAUGAAGAAACCUUAGUCUGUGCAUAAAAGCUUUGGGAGUCUGUAAUCUGCCUCAAUACCCCAAAGCUCCCUUUUUGUGAUAUUUUCAUACAAAUAUUUGCUGCGUCUUGUGUUCACGUCUCAGCUUAACAGCCAAAUGUUUCCUUGCAGUCUGCAGCAUUUGUAGCAACCGUGGCGCAAGCUAAACUGUUCUGAUCACGCUUAAACCCCUGAGAAGCCUGACCCUGCAUCAAUGCAGGAACCUUAGUUUGUAUGUGAACCUCCCAGAGUGGGACUGUCCUGAGUUUUAUCAGCUUCACAUCGAAGCCGCCUUUUUUCUUUUUGUUUUUUUUUAUAAUGUGAUAUUUUAUUUUUUGUUUUGGCAGAUAGGCAACAACUUGCUGCAGUAUGUUUUCUCUUGACAUAUACAGGUUCAUUAAAUAAACGACUGUAUCAUUGAAAGGUUUAUAUAUUAUUUCAGUUUAGUGAUAUAUUUCAAGUAUUUAUCUCUGUUCAUUUUGAUAAUGGUGGCUUCUAGCUAAUGAUAACUAAAAAUAGUUAUUACACAGUUAUUAUUUAAUUUCCCUUUGGGAUUAAUAAAGUAUUUUUGAAUUGAAUUGAAUUGAAUUAGCCUAUACAAUCACAAGCAAGAGUGCUACUAUAACAUUUGUCCAGCAGACAGUCAUUAAUACCCUCCACAAAAAGGGUAAGCCACAAAAGAUCAUUGCUCAGAAGGCUUGCCGUUCACAGAAUAUUGUAUUUAAGCAUAUUAAUGGACAGUUGGUUAGAAGGAAAAACUGUGGUAGAUAAAAAAUGUACAAACAACCUGAAUGACUGCAGCCUUAAGAGGAAAAUGAACCAAGAUAAACCAGGUUGCUCUGAUAGUGGCCUUCUGCACCAGAAGAUGGCGCGCCUCCCUGAAUUGUUACUGAUUGUAGGAACUUCAAGAUGGGCUUCAAGCAACUUUGAUUCUGUCUCUUUGUGCAGAUGCUAAAACCUUUGAUUUUUAAAUAUAUAUAAAAAAAUAUGCUUUCAUAUGAAAAUAUGAUUUUGGAGCACAGAGGGACAGUUCAGUUCUUUUUUCUUCUUAGCCCAGGUAAGAUGCUUCUGACAUUGUCUCUGGUUCAGGAGUUGCUCAACACAAGGAACGUUACAGCUGUAGUCCUUGUCUUGGAUACAUCUGUGUGUUGGUGGCUUAUGGAACACUGAUUCCAGCUUCAGUUCGCAUGAUCUGAAUCUCCUCCAUACUCUUGAAUUUGCCUGUGGUUGAGGUUAUACCUCUUGUUUAUUACACCCUUUACCGCAACUGUUUCCCUCCACUGAACCUUCCAUUUAAUAUACUUGAAUAAUGCAAUAAGCAAUGACCAUUUAGGGCUUAACUCCAUGUGGUGGGUGUCAAUAGCUGUCUGCUAUUCAACUGUCAAUUUGUUUUAUGAUCUUAUUUUAUAUUCAAAUUUUGUGAAAAACUGGGUUUUAAUUGAAAGUCUUAAUAAUGACAGUAACAGAAAGAAAAGCUUGAAAUAUUCUGAACUGUAUAAUAAAUCUACAUGGUGCAAGUUUCACUUUUGGAAUUCAAAAGAAUGAAAUAAAUUAACUUUUCAAUGAUAUUCAUAUUUAUUGAUCACCUGUAAAGGAUGUUACGUGACAGCACUGAAUUAUUAAUGCCGGUUUCUUUUACGCAUUUCUGACUCGCAGUUUGUAUCUCUGCAAGGAAGGAAAGGUACAAGUACUUUGCUGCAAGUAUUACCAGAGCAAAACUGAGUGGACAAUGUAGCUGCAGAAACUUUUACAGUUUGAAAACUACUUUAGCCAUUUCUCAAGUUGAAUUGUUUGGUAAUUAUCCAGUUUUAAAAGUUUUUUUUUCCCAAGCAUCUUUUCAGUGUAUUUAGUUUGGAUAACUUAGAAAAUAGAAGUUGGCAACUUAAAGAAAGUGCAGGAUUUUUUUUAUUAUUCUUUCUCCUUUUUGUUUUAAAGAUUUCUGCUUGAUAAAUUACCCAAAAAAUGUAAUUUAUCCUAUAACAUUAAUUGGUUGGUAUAAUAUUCUCUUAGUUUAAUAACCGUAAGAAAAAUAACCUCAGUAUCACUCUACUUACAAAAAGAUUUAAAGCAAACGUGUAUAAACGGAUAUAGUUGCUUUUAUUUUUAAAUAGCAAUAUUUAUGCCUUCUGCAGCUAAAAUAAUGACAUUUUGAUUAUUACAGGCUUACAAAUUGUAUGCCAUUUAAUUGUCUUGACUUUAAAGCACAGACAUGAGCGAAAGUUAUUAGUAGUUUUAAAGUAAAUUUGCAUAUUGUGCAAUACACCCUUUCUGCUCUUCAAGGGAAAACGUAGGAGCCUUCUUUCAGCCACAUGACCAGCAUUAAACAGCAACAGGUGGGGUAGGGGCUGCACUGUGCUACUCUAUGCUCCUUACAGCUGGAUAAAUUUCUGGUUACCUCUGCACUUUCUAUAGAAUCUAAUUGAACUGUAAGCACGAUAUGAUGGAACAUUUACGCGGGUUUGAAACCGUAAACCUUUAAAUUUUCGGCAUGCCUUGAUAUCAGGAACUAGCCCUUGCCUGCUCACUAAAACAAAGCGUCACAGUUGUUUUUUUAACACAGUUCAACUUUUUAAUGAUGAAUUUAAUACAUUCCGUUUACAUAUAUGGAAAACUAAAAGUAUACUAUUCAUAUCUUAAUCAUUUUUCCUCAAUGUUUGAGGAGGUUCCACUCUUUACAGUAUAUCACAGAUAUUUAUUAAUGUAGAUUAUCACUGGAAUUCUUCACCUUAUAUUUCAUCUUUUGUAUGAUGAACAUAUUUAUUGCAUUUAAAUCAAGCAUGAACAAAAGUGAUGCAUCUCAAAAAACUGUUUUCUCAAGUUUUGUGAGUUUGGUCAGUCAUGCCUCAGAGCCCAAAGUUUGAGACAUUUUCUUAUUUUUCUUUGCUUCUCUUUCUUCAGUGUGUGUGUUGUGAAGCUAUAUUCUAACGGUAGUUAUAAGCAGUGGGCCUGCUGCUAAACAUAUCCAAACAUUUCAUUAGGAAGCACUUGUUUUCUUUCUUCCCUUGUUAUUUGGGUCCUUGCAGAGUAAGGAUGUUGCUUUCCUCCAUCUGUGUUCAGUGUUGUGCCCUUGACCUGUGUUGUGCGCAGUUGUUCUCCGUUUUAUGAGAAGGUGCCUCUCAUAAUAAAAAAAAAAGCCAGUAGGCUCCUACCUGAACUAUAGUGUGUGCAGUGUUUUUUAGCCAAACUAAAAUCCUUACCCCUUACAGUGGGAUAAGGAGUGGUUUUUGAUAUAGGCGAUAUGACUCUCCACCCUGGUCUCCCUCCCUGCCAGAGAGGCGGCACAUGUCUUAAAAAUAAAAAAAAUAAAAAAAGUGUUGUCAGUUGGGCCUCAGACAACUUUUCUGUUUGUGUGUUGUGCAUGUUGAGCCAAUGGAGAUUGAGUCAAGAUUGUGUUGAGGACAAAGCCUUAAGAGAAAAAAUAACUUGUUUAAUGAUGCUGAAUUUUGGCACUUAUUUGGAGCUUUUGCUGCUUUUUGGGCAUUUUAGAUUGAGACAAGCAUGAAAACUGUAUUAUAAAGACUGGUUGGACCUGGGGUGAAUCAUUCUAAAUUUGCACAGAAAUUUGUAAUUAAAAUUUGGUCACUGAAACCUGCUGGGAAAACUGAUAAAACACCAAGAAAAAAAAAGCCCUGCUCGCCUCGUUUUUAUGAAUACCGUGUUAUAAAGGUUUCAUAGAUCUCAAACAGUGUUAAAGAUCUAUAUUUGGACCUCAGUUUGAAUCUCUGGUGUAGAUUAAUGCAGUUCUGGAUUGACUCAACAUAAGUAUUUUAGAUUGUGAUGUAGAGAUGCUGCAGCUUUAAAGAAUGGCCACUGAUUUAUUGGAUUGUUUUAGGUUUCAAUUCUGUACUGACAAAAAGAAAAUGAUUGAUGACUGCUUUUGUUGGACUGAUUGAUUUUGAGCUAAGUUUGCUAACUCUCAGUUACACUUUGCCCAUAUCUGGGGUAAAUGUUCCUAAUGAUCAGUCUAAUUUAUUGUGUUUGCAGGGCUACUGAAGGGAUGUACUUACAGCGAAUCCACCUUACAAAGUUAAUUCUCAUUUUCUGCUUGUUUCUUAGUAAAAAGAAAAUCCAGUUAGCAUGAGGGAAACUUUUUCUUGAAAAUAUCUUAACUUUUUUCAUAAGCUAACUUGAUUCAAACUUGAAAUGAAUUUAAAAUAUCAUUAUAUAAAAUAUCAAUAUCGAUGUCUUGACACAAUGCUAAUAAAAUAUUGCUGACAAUGCUAAUUAUUUGAGAAAAUGGACUUACAUUCAGGUCUAGUUUGUGUAUAAAUAUUUGUUCCCGAAGCUAAUCUGUUAAACAAAUGUGGUUUACAAGAUUUUUUUUAAGUAAGUAAAUAUUCAGGCACCUUUGUGAACUGUUGUUGGCAUUUUGCUCAAAGUAGUGCUAAUGCUAAUCGUAGUUUCCCACAGUUAGGCUGACCAAAACCUUUUCUUAAAAAUAUUUUAAAAAAAUGUAUUGCAGGCCAAAAAGUGUCUAUCUAUACUGUCUAUGUUACCUGACAUUUAUCCCAAAUUCCCUUUUAAAUUACAUUUUAUUGCAGUGUGACUUUAAUCUACUGUGUGCAUAUUUUACCUACUCAUUUUUGCUUUAUGUAAAUCUGUUAAACAAAUGUAGUUAACAAGAUUUUUUUUUCACUUAGCACAAUGCAGAGCUAAUGCUUAUCUUAGCUUCCCACCAUUAAUUUUAUAGAAAGUGUUUCAACAGGUUUUUUAAAAUUAUUUAAGAGGUAGCAUAAUAAAUUAACUGUAGUAUUUAGUUGAAAGCAGUGUUGAUUCUGAUCACAGCCUCCCACAAUAGGCAUGGUACAAACAUCGUCUAAAUUUCAAACAUUUAUCUGUAAGGUAUUAAUAAAAGGUGUAGAGACAAUAACAAACUUUUAGAAUAAAGUUGUACAUGUAAUAAACGUCCCUUUUGUGGUAUUAAGUUUGCUUUACUGCUUUAUUUUUUGGGAUCAAAACGGUUGGGAACUACUGACCUUGCCAAACGUUGCAGUGUUAUUGUCAAACUAUUUGGCUUCAUAAACGGUUUUGCAUUUUUCAAGAAAAGUAAAGAUUUAAUAAUCAUUUAGGCUACUUGGUCUACAAAAUAUUGUACAGUGCUGUAAAAAAAUAAUCUCUGGGCACAUAAAAACAUGAGAGCAUGCAUUGUUCUAGGGAUAAUAAUCUUAUGUAAUGAAAUUCGUCGGACCUUUGUGUUGGUGCACAGUUUAUAUGAUGCAUGUUGGGGGCAGCGGAGAUGUUGGCAUGGCUCUGUGGUUUGGAAGUUGUACAUUUCUGUGUGGAACAGAUGGUCAACAAAUCAACGUAUCCUAAACUAAUGGACAACAAACUUCUGUACUUUGUUGAUAUUUUUGUCUUUCUCUCAUUCUUUCACUUUCACUCUUUGACAGUCCAUGUAGUUUUGAAAACACAAAUUAACCUGCCUGUCAGACAGGAGAUCUUUCCACACCAAGUCUUGGUUUAAAGAGCAUUUUUGGGACCUGCAGAAGACCAUGCAAAAAAUAUAUAUAAAUAUAUAAAAUAUGAAAAUUUUUUGUGGAUCAACUCAACGGUUAACCUGUACACACCUGCAUGCGUUUGUGGACAUGCACACGCAUAUACUCAUUUAGAUGUAUUAGAAAGGUCACCUAAUAACUUACUUUGUGCUCAUUUAUCAACAGUAUUGAUGUCAAAUGUGAAUAUUGUUAAUGAAGAUUGUGGAAAACAUUUAACAGUUAAUUGUUUGUGUCACUUUUAUUUAUUUUAUAUUUUUUCAAAUUUUGUCUACCAAUGUUGUUACUUUUACAUGUAACAAUUUUAACAAAGCCCUGCUUGGUUUGUAAUCAUAAAAAAUGUGUCUGUUUUAAAA